GCAGUUUAAGCACGUGUCAGAAAUGACCUCAUUCAGAUUUACAACAUUAAGGUGGCAUAAAUCACAACUGUAAUAAAUACAUGACAUUUCAAGAAUGUCAUGUAUUUCUUACAGAGAGGGAAAGCAACAAACCAGGAAACAACAUGGACUUGAAAGCCCUGGACUGUCACACAAGUCAAGGGGGCAGUGCUUUGAGGACUGUGGCAUAAAGAGACACACGGUUUACAAAAUGUAAAAAUAUGUAAAUAUAUAUAUUUAUUUGUUUAAAUUAAGCUGAAUGUGUUUGUGGUUUUACUCUUGUCCACUGGGUGGCGGUAACACACAGCUUUGCAGACUGCUUAAGCAUGAAAGAAGAAGACCGUGCUUCCACGACAGUCGUCACUUGUUAUUAUUUCUCCGGUAAUCUUUGUCGGGCCUACUGCCAGAGUUACACGUGUGUGUGUGUGUGUAAACACAUCGCAGUAGUAAACAAAUGGCCUUUGCUCUCCCGGUGUGGCUCGCGGUCCAGGAGGAACUCCUCGGACACGGCGACGCAGACUUUGGGACUUCGAGCUGUUUCGACGAUUUCGACGACGAAGCUUUGUUCCAGAUGUUCCACCUCACCAGAUCCUGCAUCGCUUUCAUCACAGAUGCCGUCCGCAUCCGCAUGUGGACGGUCACUCAGGACAAACCCACGUCGCCCGUGGACGUGAUGGUCAUGGUGGCGCUCAACUAUUACGCACACGGAGCCUCUUCCGUCGCCGUCCUGCAGAGACUCGGGUCGAGCUUGGCGGAGUCCUCCCCGACCAUCAUAGGCACAAUCUCCGGGGUCAUCGCGGGGAUGGCUGAUCAGUUCAUCUCAUUCCCGCUGACCCGGGACGCCAAAGCCAGCGUCGCCUCCAGGAUAAAGAAAGUCUGCGGCAUCCCCGAUGUGCUGGGCGUCCUGGCUCCAGCUCACUUCAAAAUCCGAGCCUCUCCCUAUGAGAAGAACACUUUCAGGUCUUUUGUCAACACCUUGGGUUACACGUCGAUCGUGAGCCAGAUCAUAUGCGACUCCGACGGCAACAUACUCAGCCUUGAGAAAUGUUGUGUGGGCAGCACCUUUGAGCAGGAAAUGUGGGACACGUCGUUCAGGGGAAGGGAGAUCGAGAAAGAGUUGCACGGACCCUAUUGGGUUAUUGGUGGGAAAGGCUACCACUUGAGCAAACACGUCUUGACUCCUGUGUCAGAACCUGAGAACGACAGUGAGACCCGCUUCAAUGAGGCCCAUGCAAAGAUCCAAGACGUCAUGCGGACAACGCUCGGCUCCCUGAAGAGGCGUUUCAGGUGUCUGAUGCAACUUGGUUUUGCGCAAGAAACCUCUUUGGACAAAAAGUCAAACAUUAUCAAGGCGUGCUGCGUCCUGCACAACAUCGCCAAGAAGUUCUCUGUCCCUCCCCCACCCGCAGCCGGGAAAAUUGAACCCCUGCAUCCGGGGAAGCAGCAUUCUGCAUCAGAAAAGAUCGACCCUGAGGCCCUAACAGCCAGACAGAAACUCAUCUCCGAUAACUUCACUUUAGUCUCCAGUAGCCAGGACCCAUCUGGUAACAACGUCACAGAGGAGGAUAGAGGAUAACUCAUAGAGGAUAACUGACAUACUGAUACAUGGAGGACAAACACUGGAACUAAAGCUCAGCUUACGAUGCAAGAUGUAUUCAAAGUUUUGGGCUCGUUGCUUUUCUGAUACUGUUCAGUUUGACACUAAUGUGCACACUGGGUUUUUCAUCUUGUUUGCAGACUUUGUAAAAACACAUUCAGAUAUUUUUGUUACUACUAAAUAUUUAAUGUCUUGUACAAAAGGAAAAUCAGUCUUUUCUACUUACAUUUAUUUUUGUUAAUAAAUGUAAUUUGAAAACA